AUGAAAACAGAAAUCACCACAGCGGAUUCCCUUCGUGAUCCUCACUCAAAUGGACUUAAAGCCGACUCUGAGCUGGUUAUCAGAGAGGAUAUUGACCAAUUUUUGCCUUCGGAAGUAUCUUCCAUGGAUUCAGACCAUCAAAACGACGAUGAGGAUUCAGACACUGAUAGUGACAACUUUUUGCAAGACCCUGAGGACGACUUGGAUGAAGAUACUUCUGGAAAAGAUGCAGUCACUACCACGUCUACAUCCACUGAGUCAAGAGGCCGCCCAUCUUCUUGUAUCUUCGUGGCAAGCCUGGCGGCAGCGCUAUCCGAUGACGAAUUAUGUCUGUCGGUGACAGAAAAUUUCAAAAAGUAUGGUGAUUUGGCUAGAGUUAAAGUUUUGCGCGAUAAUGCCAAUAGGCCAUAUGCUUUCGUUCAAUAUAAUAACGACCAUGACGCUAAACACGCUUUGAUUCGUGCUCAGGGCACUCUACUAAAUGGCAGAAGAUUGCGUUGUGAACCGGCAAAAGUGAACAGGACUUUGUACUUGAAAAACCGGCAAAGUAUUGACUUUAAUGAAAUCACUCUAAUUUGUGAAAAAUUUGGUGGUUUGGAACAAAUUGUUCCCGAUAGAACUGAUAAUCAAUAUACAAGGAGGUAUACUUACCCGAUCUCUUCGGCUAAUUCCUGGUUUGUUCAAUUCGUUUACAGAGACGAUGCGAUUAGAGCUUACGCCAAUUUACGAACGGAUCCAAACUGGAUAAUCGAAUGGGCACAAAAUAUUAAUGUGCCAAAAAAUUACAACCUUUUACACAAAAGCAAAUUCAAAAGUUCGAAAUAUCACCAAGUCAAUGAUGCUGUUAAUAAUGAUUAUGAUAAUGAUAAUAAUGAUAGUAAUAAUGAUAGUAAUAGCGAGAAUCCAAGGAGGAAUGGUGCCAUUAUGGAAGAAGAAGAAUGCGAAAAUGGAAAUGGGAGUGAUUUGGAUGAAAAAUUAACAUGUGAUGGUGUUGAUUAUGACGAGGAUAAAGAUUCCGAGAUCACAAUUGAUAAAAAAUCCAUUUUUGUUGGUCAGUUAGACAAAGAAACCACUAGGGAGGAAUUGGAUAGGAGAUUUUCGACUCAUGGUACAAUCCAAGAUAUUAAUUUAAUCUUCAAACCAACAAAUAUAUUUGCUUUUAUCAAAUAUGAAACUGAGGAAGCUGCUGCUGCUGCUUUGGAAAGUGAAAACCAUGCAAUAUUCUUGAAUAAAACAAUGCAUGUCCAAUAUAAGGAAGUAGGUGGCCGCCACAAUAGAAAGUUCUCUGGUAAGAAUGGUGGCAGCCACUUUAAUCAUCAUCAAUAUUUCAGCACUAGAUCUGGAAAAACUUUCACGGGGCCAGAAUUGAACUUAGCACCGCCACCAAUCAAUAUGUACAGGAAAAUGUGUGGAGGAUCCCAGCAGGAAAGCGAAAAUAUGAUGUCAUAUAUGCCUAUAGGACCUAUGCCUAUGGGGCCUCCACCACCUAAUGCCGCUAAUUUGAAUGAUUUUGAGAUGUUCCCACCAAGCUACACCACGUUUAUGAAGGGAAUGAUGCCAUUAAGACGUAAGUCUAUGCCCAAUUCCUGGUCUUCUCCUUCUUCCAAGAGUGUACAUUCAGAAAAUGAAAGUGUUAAUGGUGGUGAUGAGAAUUCUGAGCUGCCUUCAGAAAUUCCUGAAUCAUCUGGUAGAUAUAAUGCAGCCAAUUCUUUCACCACAUACAAUAAUUCCUCAGCAGGAAGCUCCAAUAAUAAUAAUAAUAAUAAUAAUAAUAAUAAUAAUAAUAAAUCUCUAUACAAGAAACGUUAUACAAGAAGGUCAAGUUACGGAUACAAUGAAGUACCACCAAAACCAUACUAUUUCCAGCCUUAUUACUAUCAUCCAAUGCAAUACCAUAUGGGGCCAAUGAGUCCGUUGCAUCCUUCUCAAAACUCCGCCGGAAAUCACCAUCCAUAUAUGAUGGUGUAUCCCAUGCCACCUCCCCCACCCUCUGCGUUGGAUGGAAAUAUGAUGCCCCCACCAAUAAACGUGAGCCAAUCUCAUGCCGUUAAUCAUAGCAGCACACAUAUUCAUGCAAACGAAUUUGUGCCAAAUGAUACGGGUGACAUAAAUGAAGAUAAUAAAGCUUCUUAUAAUUUAGACUACUAA